CGAGUCUUUCGGUUGUUUGUUAUGUGAAUUUUCAGGGACAUUAUGGUUGCUGUCUCUGCGGACGGCCAACAUUUAAAGUUUUAUCUCUGUUCAGUUUACAUUCUAAAAUCGAAUGAGAUGAAAAGAUUAAGCAGGGGGUUUAUCUAAGGCUGAAAGAUGACUCUUCUGUUGUUUUGUACAAUGCUUCUUCUUGGGACGCCAAUAAAAAUGGAUCACAGUUCCGAAAACUUCAGAAUAUGUAAAACAUUGACCGAUCCUAACACAGACGAGCCAUUCCUGGAAUGUAUGUGCGAUGUCCGUGAAAACUUCACAGUGGGUUAUAUUUUUGAUUUUUCAAUCGCUCGUGUAUUUAUCAAAGGCUGUGGAGAUGUUAUAAUUGAUUUUGGUUCUUUAAAAGACUUACAGCUUACAGAAAUUGAAUUUGUUGAUCUAAAUAAACUUACUAUUUUUCCUUUUGCUCUGUCAUCAAUACAAGGUAUUUCAGUUUUUAAAAUAUCUGAUGUUGCUGCAUUAAAUAUUAUGCAGCAUGCUUUUGUAGGGUUGAAUAAUAUUGACAAAUUCAUCAUCAGAAACGUAACAGCCAACACAAUUAAAUCAGAUGCCUUCAGUUCAAUUUCAGCAGUUAAUCAAUUCUUGAUUGAAGAUAGCGCAUUCCAAGAAGUCGAGCAGUUUGCAUUCACUAUUCAAAAUAUCAUAACUUUCAAUGUCAUUAAUACCGAAUUCCAUAUAAUGGCAAACCAUUCCUUAUUGUUGCAUAAUGUUAAGAAUGUUGUUUUCGAAAAAUGUGUGUUCCAUGAGACUGAAAAUGGCUCAUUUGUGUUUUCGUUUGUAGAUUCUGUAUCUUACAAGAAUUGUGAAUUCUGGGAAGUUGAAACGACUGCUUUCCAAAGUAAUUCUUUAAAUGUGUUCAGCAUUACAAAUUCAUACAUAGAAAAUCUGAAACCAGAUGCGUUUGGAGGCCUUGAUCUACAGAACUCAUUUGUUUUCACAGAUAAUAUUGUUGAUAUAAUUAAUGAAACAUCUUUCAGUGGCCUAUUCUCUACAUCGUUUAAUGAACUGGGUCUGAGUUAUUGCUGUAACACUUUUAUUUGUGAUUGCAAUAUAUUCUGGAUGUGGGGUCUCAAAGAUCUUGAUAAAAACAAUACGAUGUUAGAAAACAGUUAUUGCAGUGGUAAAAAAAAGUAUCCUGUAAAUUCAUAUAAACCGAUAAUAGAUUCUAAGAAUAAUUGCAUAACACUUGAAUUGAAAUCCUCGAUAAAAGAGCAAUCCGCAGAAGAGGACAAAAUAACCACGGAAUGCAAAAGCGAUGACUGUUUGUUGAGUGUUAUUUCUUCUGCUGGCUGGCAAAUCAAGCUUGUAUUCCGAACUGUACUAUGUACACUGAUCAUCAUCAAAUUAUUGUAGUCAUAUAAACUUCAAUGAUAGUUUUCCAUGUAGAUCAUAUGCGUAAUGAGGUUUUGAGUUUAACAGAAAGGAUGAAUAAAAACAUUCUUUAUAAAUAUAUUUGGGGAGUAUUUCAUAAAUUGCAAAUGACUUAAAAUGCAAAGAUUGUCUAAAGUUUCGAAAAACAUUUAUGCGGACAAAAACUGCAUGUAUAAAGAAAAAAAUAGUAUGCCGUUAGAAUAAAAACUCAUGCGCACAGUUUUAAUUUUGAUAGAAUAUGCUAUAAUAAGGAUUCUUUUUUAUAGUUAUGUGAGGAAUUUCUCUAUGUGAGGAAUUUCUCUAUUGAGUUUCAAAUUACAAAAAUAUACAUGAAAGGAAACAUAACUUCUUACCUUACAGCAUCUUCGGCCAGAAUGCUACUGCUCGAAAUUUCACUCACAAAAGCAAUUAAAACUUCGAAACAUUGAUGUUGUGUUUGGUUCAUAUUUUUAAAUGGAUUCUAUUAAGAUUCUAAUCAAUAGAAUCAUUUCAGCUGCUAUUUUAUAAGAAAUAGCUAACAUCUUUAUAUUUCUGUACAAAUUGUUAACAAAUGUUAACAUCUAUUAUUGUUUGGAGAAAAAAUUGGAUGACAUUAUUAUAAAAAUCGUUGAAAGGAAACACUUGUCAAUGAUGCUAUUUUAUAAGAAAUAGCUAACAUCUUUAUAUUUCUGUACAAAUAUAAAUAAACAGUGUGUUUAUUUAUAUGUUAAUGUCUCCUGUUUUUGCAUCAAAGGGUCAUUGCGUCCCUUCUUUCCUGUGCAAAAAUUGAUUCUUAUAAUAUACUUGACCAUCAUUUGAAGUUUUGUUCUUGAAUUCUAAGUCUUCCUUUUUAUAUUAUAUCCUUUUGAAUCUAUUGUGAGGUACCUGAAAUGAAUAAUCACUAGUGAGAAGUACUUGCAUUUAUUAAUUUUUGUACCUGCUUUCAUACAUUUUUUCAACAUUCAAUCGUUUUGUUAUUUUGUCAUUCCAAAAUAACUGCUAAUUUGAAGCAGUUAUGCAUUUUAUUAAGAGCUUUAUUUUUAUGAUAAAUCCUAAACUCAACGAAUCUGCUUUAGAAAUUAAUUAGUAAUACGAUGAACAAGAUUGAAUAUUAUAUAAGUUUAUCAGAAAUGUUACAUGUUCUUCUUAUGUGGUUAAUACAAUUUGUAUAUUUUAAAUUAUUUUAUACGUAAAUUAUUAAUUUAGUGGCUUUAUUUCCUUUGUGGAAAAGAGAACAUAAUGUUCAAAAUCAGUGUUAACUACAAAAGAAUUUUUCAUGGGAAUCAGUUAAAUGUUUCAUUUUUCAUUAAUUAUGUAUCAUACUUUUUCAAUUAUUUUUUUUUCAUUUAAGUACGUAUAAGGGUUAAAGGGCCUCCAAGGGUUCUUUUGAAUUAAAGAUUAGAAUACUUGUCCCCUGUAAUAAGUAUAUUUGCCUACUGUAUACAAUAUAGUUUUAAGGAAAUAUAAGGAUUUCUUUACAGCAUUACAAUUCCGUUUUAUCUUUUCUUUCUCACCAUUUCCCACUUUUAAUAUUGGAUUCCUUGUUUAGAAGUCUCAUUUCGUAUUGAAUAUUUAAAAUUGUAAAAUAUCUCCAUCAAAUCCUUAUAGGUAUGGCAAAAACUAUUUGUUUAUAUGUAAUUUUAAAAUGCGUAUUUCAAGUCAAAAUAUAUGCGAAAAGCACAUCAUUUUCAAGAACCAAAUUGGAAUUUCUGAAUAUAAAUUUUUUUUAAUAAUUC